AUGGUUGUCUUUGUCGACUUGGACGACCCGGAUGAGGUCGAGCAUCAGCAUCAACAUGGACACAACACACCAUUCGACUUGCGCGAGUUGAUCAAUGCACAUGCUACGAGGUCAUUGCAACGUCCUACCGAAAAGGAUAUCAUCGACGAUGAAGAAGAAGAUGGCAGAGAACAUCCGAACCUGAACGCAUUAUCUGCUGUAUUGGGAAAUUAUCCUGUCAUCUCGGAGAUUGCGAAACAUCUUGACCUCAACUCUUUGCACGAUCUAUCGCGUACUUGCCGCCAGUUUCGUGCCAACCUGCUUCAGCACCGCAGACAAUUGAUCCCACAGACAUUGCGAUGUGUGUCUGAUAAAGAGAAGCCAGGAGCUGUACGGAGGGAAGAGGCGAAUGAGCUGUGGACUACACAUGGACCAGACGGAAUCAGGAUUCCUAGGUUGACCAGCGGAAGGAAUUGCACCAUGAAGGCUCCAUCAACCUCCGCACUCAAGUCUCGCCAUCGACGGUUAUGCCGUACAUGCAUCAGAGCACCGUUACCUCUACACACCAGAGUGGCACACCCAGAAACCGACACUGGAGACCGCAACGACAACUCUUAUUUCUUCUCAUCCCACCCAUCAAUUUACCGCAGCCCCUGCACCUGCCCCUCCCAAGUCUGGAUUUGCAAUCCUUGUUCCACCACCCUCCGCACCCUUGAUACCUCAUACAUGCGUGCCUGGACCUGGCGAUCCCGCUACAGCACCCACCUUCACGGCAUCGGCACGGGUCUCGGCACCGGCAUCGAAGGCGUCCAAUGCGGCCGCGAAUCACUCUGCCUCUGCGCCCGCACAAUCUUCAAAGAGAUAGAAUGUGAUGCAGCAGACACGAGAACCGGUGGCUACUUUCUGCAAGAGAUUGAGGGGAUAGGNGGUGUGGUCAAGAAGAAAGUCAAGAGGAGGUUGUUGGUGGGUGAUGUCGUGCAGGAGUUCGAGGAUGAGAGGGAGGGUGGAAAGUAUCUGGAGAGGGAGCAGGAAGGCGUGGAUAGGAGUUGGUGUUCUUGGUGCGCGAGGGUGGUUUUGAGCAAGAAGGAUGUCUUGAGGGCUAGGAAUAUGAAUGGUGGCCGUGAGGUUGUUUUACUGGAUAAAGCUUCCGACAGCGAUUUGAGUUCAAGCUCGAGUCUUUGA